GUGGUCCAGAGGCAGGAUCCGAAAUUUUGGUAGAUAGGUCCAUGUGCUUCAUAGCAUGAAUAAUCGCUUGUUUAUGCUACCGCAUUGGAACUGGGUGAUGCUAAGCUAAUUGCCUAGCCAAUAGUCAAAACUGGACCAUAGCCGACCAUUCUGGAUGGCCGUGUUGAAUGGCUUGGGCCAUUUCGAGAGGUCGCUUGCUAGUCCAUCUGUGUACAUAUGCUUCAUUUCUCUGUUUCAUUCGAUGGUGAUAUUGAAUCGGCUGGCCUUGUCCGCUAGUGCCCUGCCCUUGUGUUACUCUCCUCGUACUAACGUGUAGUGCUAUGCGUUUCGGCGUACGUGUGGGCGGCGGAAGGGCGGAGGAAAUUCGAGAAUGUCGCGUAGACUGCGGGGGUGAGCGCUUCGAUGUCGGGCAGAGAGGAUGUUGGCGGGUUUUGGCACGGUGUUGCGAUACUUCGGGGCUGCAACGAGUGCUGUAGGCUGUUUGCGGCGGGUAGGAUUGGUGAAGGUGGAUACGUGAAGCGUGGAGAGGUAGAAAGGCUGUCUCUGCCGGGACUCGAUUCGCGUGAGAGGUGAUGGCGUUUAGCUGGGAGGCUCGUUAAUGCGGAACGUCGCAAACAUUAUCA